GAAUCAGUAGCCAUCGAGUCGCAUGUCCUCUCCCGGCUUCCGUAGACAUUCCUUCGCUGUCAGUUAGUGUGCGGUGACAGAUAACCAUCGGUGAGCCACCAAUCCAGCUCCAAGUGUAAAUUAUGGAAGAGAUUAAUAACAUUGAAGUCGUUCCGUGCACAGAGUCCGACUAUCUGAAGCCGUUCAGGGUGCACUAUAACCAGAAUGGCACAAAGAAAUCCUGGGACUUCAUGCGAACCCAUGACAGUGUAUCAGUGCUGAUCUUCAACACCACCUCACACUGUUUUGUCCUCGUAAAGCAGUUCCGUCCAGCUGUAUACAUGUGUGAGUGGGAAAGGACCAAGACACAGCCGCCUCAGACUGCUGAAAAAACUGAGGAGGGCGUCUCUGAAGCCGCCGCCGCCGCCGCCCCCGAGUCUCAGGAGGGCCAGUCGACCUCAGAGGGGGAGAGCUCUUCUCAGUGGCCCCCAGCCUCAGCAGGGGUCACCUAUGAGCUCUGUGCUGGGCUGGUGGACAAACCUGGCCUCUCCCUGGAGGAGAUCGCCCGGCAGGAGGUGCUGGAGGAGUGUGGCUACGAUGUGCCUGCCUCUAAACUGAAGAGGAUUACUUCUUACAGGUCAGGCGUAGGUGUAACAGGUGCCAAGCAGACCAUGUUUUACGCCGAAGUGUCUGAUGACAACUGCGUGAGCGCAGGUGGAGGUGAGCCACGGGAGGGAGAGCUUAUCGAGGUGGUCAAAGUCCCGCUGCACGAGGCCAUGACGUUUGCCUACGACGAGCGUAUACCCAAAACCAUGGGCGUCAUUUUUAGUUUCAUCUGGUUCCAUAAUAAUAUGUCUCCCAAGUACAAGAUCUCCACCAAUGUGUAACUAGUAUUAACCAACCCUCUUUAUACCGUUUAUUCCAAAUCAAAUCAAACACUGGCCCAGCACAUCCACUCUUCCCCUCAUGGCUCUUCAUCCUGUAUUGCCUUUUUGCUUAUUGGUACACGAUGAAAGGUGGGCCCCUUGUCUUGUUGCCAACAGGUAUCUUUACGUUUUGUCCUGUUUACCCUUUGAAUUAUACGGGGUCUUAAUAUUUUGCCAUAGCUGGUUGUCACUGGCACUUUUGUCUCUUGUUGAUGAUUUUUUUUUCAUAUACUGUGCCAUCUGUUAUAAAUGGCUACAUAUCACUGUUUUUAUUUGCCUGCCCUUGACUAAAGGAAUACUCCACUGCUUUUUAGUGUAGGCUGUUGAAUGUUACCUGCAAAAAAAGACUUUACAUACGCCUGAUAUUGGCUGAGAAAAAGCCAUCUAGCAUUCAGCUUACAGUCCAAUUCCAACUUGUUUCAACCAUUCCUCCAACACCCAGUAUUCACUGCAAACUCUGUUUUAAUCCAUGAUGCUAACCAGCCAUGUGCUCCUGAUUAGCCUUGGGUCACUAACAUUUUAACAUGCUAAUAUUUGCAUUGGAGUUCAUGCAAACAUUUCUACUUGCCUGACAAAGUGUGCCAGAGGAAUUUUGCAUCUAAAAUGACAAUACACAACAUAUGAAAAAUGACUACCUUUUUCUACUGGUCAUUACUUCAGCCAUUAAAGAUAUAAAGAUAAGGUUAAAAAAAAAAACAGUGGCGUAUUCCUUUAAG